AUGCCAAAGACGGCUAGGCUCGAUUUAUUAGUCUUGAAAAGAUAUUAUUCACCACAUGGCGUUAGGUGUUGUUCUGAUCAUUUGUUAGGUACGUGUCUGUCUCCUGAUUGUGAAAUCGAAACAGAAAACAGAAGUCAAACAACGGCAAAAUUACCUCCAAAAGAAUUGUUAGGGCUUUUUAACGAUCAUCGCCGGCUGAUACAGGAAGCAACAACAGCGCCACGGCUCGAUUUUCUGGAUCCUGGUUUAACGGACGAAGACUACCAGGUUUUCACUGAUUUAGGUUACGAGGUUAAAAUGCCAUAUUAUUUAGAAAAAGGAAACAAGCAACAUACAACUCUAGAGGUGCAUGAAUCGCGUUCGGUGACCAAAGUUAGAUGGACCGUUGAAUCUUUCCAUGCUCGAUUCAAAAGUGGCGGUAUUUUAGCUAUCGAAUUGAAAAUCAAAUGCUUCCUAAACUCGUAUAUCGUAUAUUGUAUUAUUAGAAUUAUUUCGGCGUGUUUGCAUUGCUAUCGUGGAACCAUCAUACAAAAUUAUAACUCUUUAGAAAUCCAAGCUGUAGCAGCAGCAAUGAAAGAUCGAAAAGGAAAAUGUAAUACUCUUUUAGCGUUGAUUGAAACAGGAAAAAUCAGUGCACGGCAACGAUGGAGUGAAAUAGAUGAAGCAAAUAUUGAUUUUCCUCUGAUGGAUUUAGAUGACCUGAGACUUCUCUUUUUCGAGUCAUAUCAAAUUAAACAGAGUAUUAAGUAUGCAGAGGAACGUAUGUCAGACGAUGGUGAUUUCCCAAUUCAGGUCUCAGAAGAAACUGACGAAAUUAUUCGGUGUAGAAUCCAAAGCCGACACAAAAACAGCACGUUCUACUAUUGUUGGGUGCAAUGUUCUAACCAAGGUGAUCCAGCUCCAGCCUGGUACUGUCAGUGUAAAAGUGGUGCGCGUACCGUCAGAGCGUGCGCGCAUAUAGCCACGUUCCAUGUUCGCAUACGUUCUGCUUUGAAUGCAUUAAAAGCAUGUUCAAAAGCGAAAUGGAAUAGACAAGCAUUUGAAUCAUUACGUCAAUUAUUAGACACACGGCAACAACAAUUAUUCACAGACAUUAAUGACCAUGAGCAACAUAAAUUGCAUGAGGCACAAGAGCAACUGAAAGAGAUAAACCAGCAAAUAGAAACCAUCGAAGUAGAGGAAGUGAUCACUCGAGAAAUAUUAAAUAAAAAUGAUCAUAUUCAGUUGUUAAAAGUGAGAAACGAUCUAUUGAAUGAAAUGACUAAAACAGGAGGGAAAAAAAUUGAACUUAAACAGAUUACUCCUUACCAUCUGAUUGGUUUGGAUAGUAUAGCCACAUUUAAAAAGAAAAUUGAAAAUUUGGGCAAUGGAAUAUACGACUUAAUGUUUCACUGGAUGAACUUCCCAACUGAAUUAGCUAUGCAAUAUUCGAAUGAACAAAUUAUUGUUGGAGCUAUCAGUGGAAAAGAGUCAACAUCGUUGGCAUUGGCUGCUAUGGGUCCAGGAAAUAUUUUGAAGUUGGACACUCCUCAAAAUCAGCCAGUCAACAAAAAUCCAUCAGAUGACGAAGAUGACGAUGGCGUUAAACGGCUAAGUUGGCACCUCGAUCGCUGUAGCGGUGGUUGGCGAGCAGGAAACACAAAAGGUUUACGACGGAACAAUGAGUGGCGUAAAGUUAUACUUGCAGAAAACUAG